AAAGCUCUCUCCUCAGUUGAUAACAUUCAGUAUUUUGAGUUACCACCGUGAAUACUAGUGACAAUUUGAAUAUAUGGAAAAGACUUCACAAUGGCAGAGCAGUUUGUUGAGGGAAGCUGGGACAGAGGCCGGACUUGUUAGACACUAAUUGAUGUUGUACAGCCUCGAGGGAUACAUGCAAGCAGCGUUUAAGAGGUCUAAAAGAAUCCGGACUUUGUGAGACUGAGGUGAAGAGCUCGAGUGAUGACACCUUUAACAGGAAACGGUGCCUCUGUCCGUGCAGCCGUCAUGAGCAUGCUGGGCUUGGUGUUGCUCCAGGAGGCCCAGGCCGGAGUGGUGGAGGACUUUAAUCAUGCAGAACGUUGUAAGAACUCUCUGUACAUGGGCACUCCACCUCGAGGCUACCUCAGCAACUCUUUCAAGAAGGUCUGCCAGAGGUACGAGGACAAACCCCGCUAUGUCACCCUGUAUGACUCUCAGAAGCACAUCCCCAUCUACUCAGCUUACACCUUCAAGAAGUCUGACGGGGAGAAGAAGGUCGACUUUCCCUGGAUGUUUGAGCCCCAGCUGGCCUCAGAGAAGAGCAGCAGCAACAUGGAGCCCUUCCCCCAAUCUGCAAGCAUGCACAUGAACUUUGAGGACACUCAAGCAGUCCUGGAGGACUACGCUGAUGUGGUUCAGUAUGAACGUGGCCAGCUCAAUCCUGACGAGCAUCAGGCCGACCCUCUGGACAAAGCUGCCACCUACAGCUUGACAAACGUGGUGCCACAGAUUAGGGAGUUUAACAUGGGUCCAUGGGCGGAGCACCAGGACAUCAUCCGCAAACGUCUCAACAACUUCUGCCGUGGAAAGGCCUUCGUGGUCACUGGGGUCACCACCUCUGGGCACAUGAUCCGACGAAGCAACUUGGACCGGGUGGCUGUACCGGAGUACGUGUGGUCAGCCUACUGCUGCACCGAGUUUGACCAGAAUGCACCAUACUUUGUCCGCUACAAGUUCCCUGUGUUUGGAGCGUACGGGCUUAAUGACAGAGUCAACAACCACAUGGUGGAAGUUCCUCUCAAGAACCUGGAGAAGUUUCUCAAAGGAAGGAUGAAUGUGGAUAAGAAUUUUCAGAUUUUCUAUAAUGAUUGUGUCCCUGACAACUAAGAGGGAGAUUUACAUUAUAAUCUGAAGUGUGUUAUUAUUGCUUGAGGUUAAAAGUUCCUGCAGAUUCUCUUCACAAGCCUGAACCAUCAGAUAAUUGUCAGAAAAUUCUAAUUCUUUUAAAAAUGGAAUGUUUAUUGGACCU